GUUGUGUACGCAUGUUAUGUUUUGAAUACAUUUUUAGGAAAUAAUAAUCUCAAAAUGACCAUGGAUAUGGUGUGUAAUUUUCGGAAAUGUAGAAGAUCGCUAUCCAAUCAUGCAUGGGUAACGACAUGUUCGCACGCUUUUUGUAUAGAACACGGUCAGAGGGAAUUUAAAAGGAACGCUGAAAAUUGCUUGUCCUGUCCGGCUUGUGGCAGUGAAUUACGCGAUAAGUUUGAUGUUAUACAAGCUGAUCUGAAGCCCAGUGAAACUUUCAAAUCUAUAGUUCUAGCAGGAUUAAAGCCAGACACGAUUAUGGAUGUAGCAAUGAGAGCUAUGUCGUUCUGGUCGUAUCAAAUUGAGCAAGAGACUCUCUAUCAAGAAAGCAUGGCUAAACAUUCAAGAGAAAAGCUUGAGUGUCUUGAAGAGAUUCAUAACUUAAAUCUUCAGAAAAUAAAAGCUGAAUUAGAAACCUGUAAACGAAAGAUUGCCUCUUUACAAGAAGAAUAUAGUGCCAAAAGAAGACAAAACGAAGAAUUAAAGGCGCGCCUAGAAGAAAGGUCUAGGAAAAUACAAAAAUUAACGUUUCAACUCGAUGCUCAGAAAAGAAAAGAUAUUCGUGUGAAUAACAAUGAUGAAAGUCAAUGCGUUAAUAAACAAGAUAAAUGCAUGGAUAUUUCAGCUUUGAUGCGAAAGCGAUCCGCUUCUGAGGCAUUUGUGUUCAGGCCGGCAAAAGACUUGGAUGACUCUCAGAGGAUUUGUUCACCUAAAACACCUUUAUUCGAUUUUAGAGCCAAGAGUAGUAAAAAGCAGUCCAAUUUUCAGUUCAGACCGCUGUCGUCUUAGUAAUAGUAAUAGUGUAAGAAAAUAUUAAUUA